AUGUCCACAACAAAUUGCUUGCAUAUCACCCUUCAAACGGAACUUCUCGAUGCUAUAUCCACCAUCCCUCCUGCCCUGAACGAAAAACACAAAGCAAAUAAUGCCCUAUCUGCUGCAGUCAUCGAAGCGUCUCUCGUUAAGCUUUCCCUUAUGAGAGCUCGGUCACAUCAAAAAUUUUACGGAUAUGUCUCAAAAACCCAGCCAGACGCAACGAUGAUCAAGGCUCUUUCCAUUGCCCAGGACAAGUUGAGGGAUGAGGCUGAUGACUUGUUAGAGGAAGAGCGAGCUUUGGACAGUCAAAUUGAAGAAUAUGCGCGUUUGAUGCGACUGGUGGAUGGGAGUCCCGAAUCAGACAGGGCAGGGUUUGCGCAGAUUGUUGAAGAUUAUAUUCGUGUUGAGAAGGAGACGGAGGAGUGUAGACGUGAUUUGCGACGGUUGGGAUGGACGGGACCAGAUUGA